AUGGUAAGAGUCAAUUGUGAUUAUAUUCCUGCGUGGCCAAUUGUAUACUAUGUCAAGAAAUCUUAUACCAUUUUACAUUUAUUAUGGCCUGCUAUAACAUGGAAAGAAUCAAAAAAUGGAAAUAAGGUAUUUGCAUUCUUUUAUAUAUUUUUUAGAUUGGCAUGGAACGAGAGUAAAGAGACACAGUUUGUUGAUUUCUUUUGGCCAAUCAUUCAUUUAGAGUAUAGUGGACGUGGAUUUCGGUUUGGAAUCCGUCCAUUGUUUUGGAUUAUAUCGACCGAUCGAACGUUUAAACUGACGCUGCUGGCACUACUGCUACAUGUCGUGAAUAGUGAUAAGAGGUUCUAUAUGCAUAUACUACCAUUCCUAUUUAUUCAUAGAAAGGUUAGUAAUGGAACAACACACGUUAAUAUAGCUGGACUGUUCCAUGUGAUGACAACGGACAGUAAACGGUUCUAUAUGCACAUACUCCCAUUCCUAUUCAUCAACCGAAAGUCUAGUGGCACGUUACACGUCAACUUUAUGGUUGUUAUGCAUUACCGUCGUACUAGCAGUGGAACGUUGUUUGUGUUGGCACCAUUCCUCUUUGUGUAUCAUGGUACGUCCAACUUUUUCCUCUUUAUCGUUCCCCUCUUACUUGUUAGCCGGUCGAAAUCACGUAAUAUAAUCGUCAAACUUGUUAAAGAACGUACAUUCACAUUGCUAUUACCCGUGUUUGUGCAUUGGACCAAUGGAGACGACUACUUUGUCAACGUGUUGGCCUUGUUUACGCAAAAGUGUCGUACAAGGAGGGUGGUGGCUACAACAUCUACAUCAUGUACCCCGUGUUUAUCUACAAACGCAAGCAGAAUGGCCAGCUCACUCGCUGCUACUGCUUCUAUCCACUCGGAUACUACUACAACGACCGUGACGACAAAAAGUUCAAAGUACACGCAUUCCCAUUCUUUUUCUACUCCAAUAUGCGUGGUAUUACAAAGGGAGUGGUGUUGCUGUACUUUUGGUACACCGAUCCUGGCCGCGCACCAACACGAACUAUCGACGAGUCGUCGGGUGAUACACAACCCACACUGGUGGCAACAAGCUCAUCGUCCUCCUCCCACUAUUCAUAUGUCGCUGGAAAUCAGAUGUUGUCAACAGUCUCUUCCUCUCGCUCAUCUACUACCAACGUCGUCGCGACGAAGAAGUCACCCGUUGGCUAUUGCCCGUGUUUUACCAAAAACAUACGUUCCAUCGCGACCUUGUCCUCUCGCCGAUAUACGUGCGCUGGCGCAAGGACGCCAACUCGGUCAUGAUCGUCGUGCCCGUCUACAUUGA